CGAUUUCGCGACGAGUGUGAAUGAGCUUUGCUUCGUCGUGGACUUGUUGGGCGGUGUCUGGUGUGCGCUGCACGUACAAGGCGGUGGCAUGGACGUGUGCUUGUCCGCCCGGCCCCCAGGUGUCGUCGCCUCUCCACGUGUCUCCUUCAGCCCAAACGAGUCAUCACUCAUCCCACACAGCCACAUCUCGUGCAGAUAGGCACCCACACGGCGGCAAGCUAGCGCGCCGCUGUUCUGGAGCGAGGUCGCAUUGCAUUACCGCCGGCGACGACGAACUGCACGCGCUAGCGAUGACGGUGAUGAGCAAGCUGGCCGGAGCGGCGCUGCAGGCGUCGCUCAUGGCGCUCCUGGCGGUCCUCCUCCCGCCGUACUACGUGUGGAAGCUCACCACCUACCUCCUCGGCGCCGUCUUCCCCGAGGACGUCGCCGGCAAGGUCGUCCUCAUCACCGGUGCCUCCUCCGGCAUCGGCGAGCACCUGGCUUACGAGUACGCCAAGAGGAGAGCCUACCUGGCGCUGGUGGCGAGGAGGGAGAUGAGCCUCCGCGAGGUCGGCGACAGGGCGCUGGGGCUUGGAUCGCCGGGCGUCCUCGUCUUGCCGGCCGACGUCUCCAAGCCUGAAGACUGCGAGAAGUUCAUCGACGACACGAUCCGCUACUUCGGUAGAUUGGAUCACCUGGUGAACAACGCCUCGAUCUGGCAGGUGUGCAUGUUCGAAGAGGUGGAAGACGUGAACCACUUCAGAACACUCAUGGACAUCAACUUCUGGGGCCAUGUGUACCCAACUCGGCUCGCCAUACCUCACCUGAAGAAAACCCACGGCCGGAUCGUCGGCGUCACCUCCAACUCGUCCUACAUAUUCAUCGGGAGGAACACCUUCUACAAUGCUAGCAAGGCGGCUGCGCUCAACUUCUACGACACCCUGCGGAUGGAGCUCGGCGGCGACAUCCGCAUCACCGAGGUGGUGCCGGGCGUGGUGGAGUCGGAGAUCACCAAGGGGAAGAUCCUCACCAAGGAGGGCGAGAUGAAGGUGGACCAGGACGAAAGAGACGCGAUCCUGGGGCCGACGCCGGCGGAGCCCGUGGGCGACUUCGCGCGGGCGGUGGUGCGCGACGUGUGCCGGGGCGCCAGGUACGUGUUCGAGCCGAGGUGGUACAUGGGGGUGUACCUGCUCCGGGUCUGCCUCCCGGAGGUCCUGGCAUGGAACUCCCGCCUCCUCACCGUCGGCAGGGCCGGCGCCACCUCCACCACCGACACGCUGGGGAAGUGGCUCGUCGAGCUGCCGGGCGUGCGCCGCGCCGUGCAGCCGCCGUCGCUCCGGUCGCCGGAGAUCAAGGAGCAGUAGUGAGGCCAGACGGCCGGGCUCAACUAGUGGAUGUACAGCACUGCAGUGGCAUUGCCCUGCGCUGCUGGUCUUUGUGUUCAGGCUGUGGCGACAUGGAAUAUGAAUAAGUUGCUUGAU